CUAAAUACAUAUUUAUAUUAUUGACAAACAGCGUCGCGAUGACACUGUUCCUUUUCUUUUCAAACAACCCGUCUUUUCUUCCUUUUCCUUUUCUUUACUGUCAAUUUCUCUCAGACAACCAAGUAAUACCAAACGCGCCAAACAAAAAGUAGUGAGAAUCAGAGCAAGCUAAUGUAUGAAAGGAGAAGCACGCUUUUUGUUUUGGCAGAUGGAACAACGCAUACACAAAAGGAAUGAAUGAAUGAAAAAUGAUGGGAUAUGUUGAUGAAUCCAGACACUUUUCUUUCAACCCUAAUUUUUUCUCUGAGGUCCUGCACUUCCGUCUCCUUUUGCCGCGCAAUUCAGGCCUGCGUGGUCAAAUCGUUGGAUUAUAGAGAUGGGUUCAUUGGCGAUCAGCUGGUUUCUUGUUAUUCAAGUUUGGGCCGUGCAGAUGAUGCACGGAACCUGUUCGAUGAAUUGCCCCAUAAGGACUUGGUCUCCUGGAAUUCUUUGAUUUCUGGGUUUUCGCGAAGAGGGUAUGUGGAUAAAUGCUUGAAUGCAUUUUUUAGGAUGAAGUUUGAAAUGGGAAUACAACCCAAUGAGGUUACACUUAUGUCUAUAAUCUCCGCUUGUGCUAGUAGGGGAGCUGUUGUUGAAGGAAUGUACAUUCACGGCUCUGCAUUCAAGUUGGGUGUGCUGUGGGAAGUUAAGCUUGUCAAUUCUUUGAUUAAUUUCUAUGGAAAGUCAGGCUCUUUGGAUGAAGUUUUUCGACUGGUUGAGACAAUGCCGAUAGCAAAUGUUGUAUCAUGGAAUUUAAUGAUUGCGAUUCACACUGAGAAUCGGAGUGCAGCAGAUGGAGUAGCUUAUUUUAAUCUCAUGAGAAGGUCUGGAAUUGAUCCGGAUGAUGGCACUGUGGUGUCCUUGCUUCAAGCUUGUGAGAAUUUAGGUUUGCGGAAACUCUCCGAGUGCAUCCAUGGUAUGAUUAUGAAAUGUGGUCUCAAUGAAAUUGUCACAAUUGCAACCGGACUGCUGGAUUUGUAUGCAAAGUUGGGGAGACUUAAUUACUCGCUUAAGAUUUUCGGGGAAAUAAAUAAUCCAGACAAAGUAGCUUGGACUGCUAUGCUUGCAGCCUAUGCUGUGCAUGGGUACGGGAGAGAAGCAAUGAAGCUCUUUGAAAACAUGCUUAAAGAAGGUGUGGAGCCUGAUCAUGUCACCUUCACACAUUUGUUAAGUGCUUGUAGCCACUCGGGGCUUGUCGAGGAGGGGAAGAAUUACUUCAACAUUAUGCCUCAAGUUUAUGGAGUUGAGCCUAGGUUGGAUCACUAUUCAUGCAUGGUUGAUCUUCUGGGACGCUCUGGGCUUCUAAAUGAUGCUUACGAGCUGAUUAGGCAUAUGCCAAUGGAGCCAAACUCUGGCGUAUGGGGGGCUCUUUUCGGUGCUUGUAGGGUUUAUGGUAACACUCAACUUGGGAAGGAAGUUGCAGAGAGAUUGUUUUCUUUGGACCCAUCAGAUUCCAGAAACUAUAUCAUGCUAUCCAAUAUGUACUCUGCAGCUGGUUUGUGGAGGAAUGCUUCAAAGGUGAGGGCUUUGAUGAAGGACAAAGGUCUCAUCAGAAACCCUGGAUGCAGUUUUAUCGAACAUGGAAAUAAAAUUCAUCGCUUUGUCGUGGGUGAUCAAUCUCACCCUGACUCAGAUAAGAUAUAUACUAAAUUGGAAGAAGUGAUUGGAAAGAUCCGAGAAGCUGGGUUUGUGUCUGAAACAGAAUGUGUUCUACAUGAUGUUGAAGAGGAGGUGAAAGAGGAUAUGAUCAGCAAGCACAGUGAGAAAUUAGCCAUUGCAUUUGGGCUUUUGGUGACGAAUGCUGGCUCGCCGAUCAUUAUUACCAAGAACCUUAGAAUCUGUGGAGACUGUCACAGCACUGCGAAAUUCAUAUCGUUGAUUGAGAAGAGGAGUAUCAUAGUUCGAGAUUCAAAGCGGUUCCACCAUUUUGAGACUGGAAUAUGUUCAUGUGGAGAUUAUUGGUGAUGAUUCUGCACAUUGUGGUGGUUGUAAUAUUUUCAGGUAUGAGUAUCGUGCUUCCGAUAUUUUAGAGUAGCAUUGUAUGCAUAAUACGUCUGUUGUAUGCAUGAAUUAUUGUACGAGUUUAAUCAUUAGUGGCACCAACUGUAACAUGCUUAUAAUUGAAGCAUAGGAAGAUGAAAACCAGUAUUUGCAAUUGAAUAUGGAUAAAUGAAAUUCCAA